AUGGCAACCAACGGCCGUACCAGCCGCAAGCGCAAGCGCGAUGCAGAGCCCACCUCCCUCAUGUCUCUCGGCGACGACAUGCUCGGCGAGAUCCUCAUCCGCCUCCCGUCGCUGCCCUCGCUCGCCAGCGCCGCCCUCGCCAGCCCUCGGCUGUGCAGCGUUGCCUCCUCCCCUGCCAUCUCCGACCGCUUCCUUUCCCGGGCUCCCUUACUGGGCUACUUCGUGUCGGCCCCCCGCCCCCGCGGCGCCGUCCUCGCCUUCCACCGCGCGCUCCUCCGCCGCGACCGCCACCUCGCUGCCGUCGUCCGCCGCGGGGACUUCCAUCUCACGGAUUUCGAGGAGUACAAGUGGCGCAUCAUGGACUGCCGCCACGGCCUCCUACUCCUCAGCAGCGACCCUUACUUGGUCGUGUUCGACCCGAUCUCCCACUCGCGACUGCGCAUAACCCACAACCACAAGAGCAUCACCAGCAACUCGUCCCAGUUCCACUGCUUCCUCCCGGCCUGCAGCGUCAGUCCGACCUCAUUCCGCGUGCUCUCGCUGGAGAACCGGAGCGGCCGGGUGCUCGCACACGUCUACAGCUCCCGGACAGACUACUUCGGCUCACCUCCCUCCAUGUUGGCUCCAUGGGGUUCUGCCACGUCGCUCUCCCGAAGAACCUAG